GUUCUCUGAGGGGAGAUAUGGAUGCAACGCAAAUUCAGGGCUAAUCGCAUCCUACUCACCAGAUCUGAGCUUCCCUUACACUGAUCGUUUUUAUCAGCAUCAUCAUCAUCAUCAUCGAGGAGGGAAUUAUCACCAUCAUCAGCACUGCGAGGGCAAAGGAGUCACCACCAUACUCGGCACGAUGUAGAGCAAUAACAGUUGCAGGUGUGGUAGGUGCCAGAUCUCCAAAGUGGUGAACCCUCAUAAUUCAUUUCGGAGAUCUUUUUGUAACUACAAGAUUUGAGAUGAGCAACACCCAAGAUCCAGCUCAGGUGAGAGCACCAGAGCUGGAGGUCAUCUCCCAGCAGGUGGAGGAGGACAACCAGUGUGUGGCUCCAGUCCAGCUGGUGAGCUUUGCUUACAGAGACUUGCCUCUGGCUGCUCUGGACAUAUCCCUCGCUGGAUCCCAGCUCAUCUCCAACCCAGAUGAAGAGGACAACAGAGACGGAUCAAACUGGCUGAAGCCGUGCUGUGGGCGAAGGGCAGCUCUAUGGCAGGUCUGUCUGCUCUCAGCGAGCUUCAACUGUUUCCUCGUAGCCAGUGUCAUCUUGGUGGUUGUGCUGCUGGUCGUGGAGCUGCUCAUAGACACCAAGCUGCUGCAGUUCAAUAAUGCAUUCCAGUUUGCCAGCAUCAUCCACUGGAUCAGCUUGGCCAUCCUCUCUGUGUUCUUCACGGAGACAGUGUUCAGGAUAGUGGUGUUGGGAAUAUGGGAUUACAUAGAGAACAAAGUAGAGGUGUUCGAUGGAGCUAUCAUCGUACUUUCUCUGGCCCCUAUGGUGGCCUCCACAGUGGCAAAUGGUCCCAGCAGCCCCUGGGAUGCUAUCGGUCUCAUCAUCACACUGCGCAUCUGGAGGGUCAAGAGGAUCAUUGACGCUUAUGUGCUGCAGGUGAAGGUGGAUAUGGAGCUGGAGAUGCAGCAGUACGAGAAGGCCAAGGCACUGAGAGAGGAACAGCUCGAUCGUCUGACACAGAUCUGCCAGGAACAAGCUUUUGAAAUCAGACAGCUGCGCGCUCACCUCGCCCAGCAGGAUCUGGAUCUGGUAGCAGAGCGGGAAGCAGCCAUGCAGAUCCACCAUAUAUGGAGCAAAAAGAGCAACAGUUUUCAUGAGGUGGACGGACUGGCCCCUGGUGGCUCUGAGCAUCACGGUCCAGCCAAGGCAAGGGAGCCGGUCGGCCCUUCAGAUCUCCAUGGUCAAGAUGACAUGAACAACUAUAUCAGUCAGUAUUACAGUGAGCAAAGCAGUGAUUUGGGGAUCCCUGAUCCGGCCCGUGUCAUCACCACAGCAGCCAUAGACGUGCACCUGCCAAACAAUCCCAGUCAGCUUCCGUCCACCCUGGUGAGCGCAGACGCGGUGCUGUCAGGUCGUCUGCAGCGCACUGGCAGCUCGGUCAGCGAAGUCUCCACGACUGUUGGAUCCCGCACCAGCUUCAGCGCCCGUCAGCACAGCAUUAGCAGCCACACGCUGGGCUCCAGCAUGGACUGCAGCUCCACUGUACGUGAGGCCUCCACCUCCACAGACUACAGCGACCAGCGCUGCUACCCGCCACCUUACAGCAGCCCUCUAGCCCUGGGCACACAGCCCAGAGGAAGUCCAAGUGCAGUGGUGCAGGAGCUCCUGUCCUCUCUUUCUGAGGACUCUUGUCUCACCCAAAAGGCUCUGGACCCCGUCAACCUCAAACCACCCAGCCCGACAGGUUCCACUAAAACAAGCCCAGAACUAGAACAUAGGGUCAAGAUCUUCAACAAGAGGAACCAAGACAGUCGGAUCGGACUCCAGGCAAAAACCGUCAUCCAUCUGAAGGGUAAUGAGCCUCUUCUGGGGGAGAAGUACAGGAUGAUAGGGUCAGUGGAUGCUCCAGUCCAUCGCCUGUCAGAGACAUAAGUUCCUGCAGAACCAUUUCAGAGCGUGUCCUUUAGAUCAGAUGCAAAAAUUCAUGCAAAACUGCACCCUGCUGUUGGAAGUCAAUGGCACAAAGGCUGUAUGCCCGCAAUGCUUGUACUGCAGGAACAGAAACAAACAGAUCAGACAUCUGCAGAUGAUGGCAGAUUUGAAAUCACUCAUCAGGAACUGACACUCCGAACCCUUUCUUACUUUUCUUUAAUAAAUUUUCAAAAAACAAACAAAAAAGCAACCAGCACUGAGGCCUGAGCCUCAGCUUCUCAAUCAAACCUGUACAGAAAAUCCUGUGUUGAAGUUUGAUUGCAGAAGAACGAGCGGCCCGGUGGUGCAUCGUCACUUCCCCGGGAAAUGGGGUCACUUCCUAACCUGAUGAGGCAAAUCAAGCCUUUCAAUGGAUAACUACAGGGUACUUCUGCUCACUCAGCUUCUACUUUACGCACGGUAUUUUGUUUGUUAGGAAGGUGUAAAAACGAUCUAAAACAUUCAGAAACCAUGGGGGUUCUUUUAAUAAAACUUACCUGAAUUGAUCGAAAAUCUCUCUUAUGAUGAUGGUUCAUAUUAGAACAUUUAAUAACUUGAUUCUAGAAAGAGAAAAAGCAUCUAAAUUACGAUCAAAUGUCAAUGAAAAACCAGCAUUCCCUUCCUGAAAAAUAUUUUUUUACAGGGAACUGCAAUGGAUAAAGAAAAAGUAACACUGCAUCAUGUACAUCAUUAGGACAAAAAAAUAGCAUUUUAAAACAAAUUUGAAUUAACUGUAAGGCCACGUUGCUAUUUAAAAGCACUGCUGUAAGUGCCUGCCCUUUGAUUCAACAUGAUAUCCAGCAAAAGGUGCCUCUGUGAUUUCAUCAGGUAUUUAUUCCUACAAAUGUGCUAACUACAAGAAUACCAGGUUCAAACUAGAAACUUUAGCAUUUUAUGUACAAUGCAUAAAGAAAUGCUGAUACUAAGGCUGAAAUAUGCUUAAGCACAGAAGAAAAUGUGGAAUAACUGACUUUCAAACUACUUGCUUUACACUUCAUUAGCUGAAAAUGACAGUCAAAAAAUGGCGAAGGAAGCUAAUUUAAGCUUAUGUGAUCAUAUAAAGUGAAAUUAUGGAGGCUGGAAUGCUUAUGAUAAAGCCCAAAAAAGUAGGAAAACAGAUAAAUAGUAAACACUGCUACAAAUGUCACAAUGGCAAAAGAAAAAGCUUGGAAUCAAGGUAAAUGCAAAAUUUACAAAAGAAAAUGUUUGCCUAGAAUUUGAUGCUUUAAGCCAGUGAGCAAUUCAACAUAAAAUAGAAAUGAUCCAGAAAAAAGCCCCAAAAUGAGCUAAAUAAAAGCUUAAAAUGCUUAUGUAUUAAUAGUAGCUGAAAAAGCCAUAAAAAACUGCUCCUACAUUUUUAGCCACAAGUGUAAAUACAUAAAUAAGACUUUAAAAAAAGAGCCAGUAUAACUUGAAGACUAAGAAAAGGGCACAACAUUUUAAAUAAGUUUGGGUGAUUUCAAAACCAAAAAUGCAAGCAGGAACCUCCGUAAGACCAAUUUCAUGCCAGAUGUGUUGAAAUCAAAGAAGCUGCACUAAACAUGUAUGAAAGAAUCAUUGGAGAGUCUCAACUGUGUGAAUGUUUUACUCGGCGUUGACACAGUAUCACACCAUAUACUAUUAAGAGCAAAAAAAUAAAAACUGCCAUAGGUUAGUACAGAUCAUUUAUUAGGAAUUAAGUAUUUGUAGGAUAUAUACAAAAACUGGUAUUUCUUUCUUGAAACUACUAAUAGUGGAUCUUGACGGCGGCAUUGGUUCGACGCUGAAACACGCAGCUUCAGGAACUCUUUAA